GUGUCUUCAUUUAACACCCCAGGAUGGCCACAGGAAAGCAACCAACUUCCCCGUUUUUCUGUCUUGGUCUUCAGGGCUGUCUUCCUUUUCUGGCUCCCACCACCACUUAGUAAAGACUCUACGUGGGGGUUGGGAAGGGGGUACUGGAAGACUACUAGACUCUUUAUUCCCUGAGAGGCGCUCCCAUUUGGGAGCGGGUUUGAAAGCUCGCUCUCUGCCUCCUUCCCUCACUCCCCGGCCCCCCGCCCCCCAACAGUUCUCCAGCUCUCCAGGAAUGUCCUCAUCCGCCCGCCUCAGUUCGCGCUCUGUCUGCGGCAGGGUCCCACCGGGUGCAAGGGGGAGGGGAGAAGAGCGAGGGGAAGGCUGGGGAGGAGAGGGGAGGAGGCUGGCUGUGCGUGCCUUGCCUGCCAAAGGGAGAUCUGUUCAUCUGCGUGUGAUCCCGGCCGCCCCGGCGCGUCCACAUCCCUCCUCUAGAGCACAGUUUAGCAGCAGCAGCGGCGGCGGCAGCGGCAGCAGAAGCAGAAGAGUUUGCAAUAUCUCUGCUCCUUCCCCCUGGAAAACCUGUCCACCCGGCGCGCCCUUGCCUCCCACAGGACUCUAGCUUUCUAAAGUCAGCCUCCCAGUCUUUGGCCCGGAGGCAGAGGGGAAGGUUGGGGCGUCUUUUUCGUGGAUGUUACUGCUCGGGAAAGGCAGCAAGUUGCAUGUGCGUCCGGGACCGGGAAGGAAAGGAGCCAGCCGCCUUGAGAACCAUGGACUAUUAUCCUUACUGCAGAAGAAAAGAAGUUGAUGGCCAGUAAGAUUCAAGAUUGCCCCUUUCAAGAGAUUUUCCAAAGCUAAAGGAUUAAGGCUUCCUGUGAGUCUUCUUUUGACAUAUCAAUACUCUUCUUCAUUCUCAGGAACACUUAGUUCUGGUCCUUUGUGGGUCUUCAUUGCCGUAUCUAGCGUUUUUUGGAUGAAAUCAUGGCAUCAAGUCUAACGUGCACAGGUGUGAUCUGGGCGCUGCUCUCCUUCCUCUGUGCUGCUGCCUCCUGUGUAGGAUUCUUCAUGCCUUAUUGGCUUUUGGGAUCCCAAAUGGGGAAACCGGUGUCCUUUGGCACUUUCCGGAGAUGCUCAUAUCCAGUGCAUGAUGAGAAUCGUCAGACGAUGGUGAUGGUGGAGGAAUGUGGGCGUUAUGCCUCGUUUCAAGGUAUUCCCAGCGCAGAAUGGAGAAUCUGUACUGUAGUGACUGGCCUGGGCUGUGGUCUUCUUCUCCUUGUGGCACUGACUGCCCUCAUGGGUUGCUGUGUGUCUGAGCUCAUCUCAAGAACAGUGGGCAGGGUGGCAGGAGGAAUUCAGUUCCUAGGGGGCUUGUUGAUUGGAUCUGGCUGUGCUCUCUAUCCUCUGGGCUGGGACAGUGAAGAAGUCCGGCAGACCUGUGGUUACAUUUCUGACCAGUUUGACCUGGGUAAGUGUGAAAUCGGCUGGGCUUACUACUGCACUGGUGGGGGAGCUGCUACGGCCAUGCUACUCUGCACUUGGCUUGCCUGCUUCUCUGGCAAGAAACAAAAGCAGUACCCAUACUGAUGGUGCCAAGAAUGGUGCAAGGAGACCCAGGUGGGAAGAAAAGAGCUCAGAGAGACUGAAGGAAGAAUCAAGCAGCAAGCAAGUUUGGAAAGAUGGAUUUAUGGCUUUUUGUCUAACACAAUGCUUAUAACAUGAGAUAUGACACAGG